AUGGCUAUACCACCCACGUCUGCUUACUUAUCCACUUCGGGGCACGAGGGAAUUUCGCAGGAUGAACCGGGCGAGCCUGACCUGGUUAGUGAGGAUGGCAGAGGAAUGCGCUCAUUUGACAUCACACGUGAGGCAGCUAUCGUUUCCGCAGAGCCUCGACAUCCACACUUUGAGACUCCUACCGAAAUGUCGAUACAGCUUCCAGUCGAAAUUUGGGAGCGUAUAAUCGACCAUCUGGGAGAACGGUUCGACCCAGGAGAGGAUAUGUGGACAUAUGGAUUAGUCUGCCGGGCGUGGUACCAUCGCACUCGCUUCCAUGCUCUACGACACGUUUCGCUCACCAGCAAGAAAGCCGCUUACAGCCUUGUGAAGAUGAUGGAGCGCAAUGCGUAUUUCAGAAGUGCCGUGAGGCGCAUUUCCAUCCACGACAAUAUUGACGUACUCGGGACAAUAUCAGCAUGUCUGGCGAGGAGACUACCAAAGGCAGAUGCACUUCGAAUCUACAGCUGUGAAUGGUCUCCAGGACGACUUCACCCUCACAUAUUUAUGCAUAUCAGGGCUACGUUCGAGACCGUCACCAGCGUCUUCCUUGCCGACGUCGCAUUUCCGACCACAGCCGUGUUUGGGAGGCUCAUUUGCUCUCUCCCUCAAUUGUCGGCGUUCACGUGUAUGAACGUGACAUUCAAGAGACCAGGUUUCAGGCCAGGCUUUAUAAGUCCGAUGGGGCGUCCGUCGCUUACUUCCCUCAAUAUCCUGAAUGGUGAGGACGAUGACAGUCGGGAGCAUGCGGCAAUUAAAGAUAUACUUGAAUUUGUUGUCUCGGCCUCGAUGGUAACUCAUUUGCGGCAUAUCGGGCUGUUUGGAUGCGAGUCACUCAAUCCUAGUGUCUCUCAAAGACUAGUUGACUCUGCUGCAGCGUCGCUCUUGUCGAUCUAUGUUGUAUCGGCACCACUGUCAUCAACCUCCCCUGAUUUUUUGACUUUAGACUUUUCUGCUGCCAUAAAUUUGGAGACCCUCACACUGUGGCUUGACGACUGUCAUCUUGAACGAGCAGCCGAGUGCCUGGCUCGGGCUUUGCCAUCAAAACUUCGUGAAGUCAAGGUUGUUCGCUUCGUGGAUGAAGCUGAAGACGACUUAAUCGACAAGCUAUUUGACGACCACCAUGUCGCUGCCUACACGCGCAUUGAUCAACUUCUAUCUGGACCUCAGUAUAAGGUUUUGAACGAAGUUUCCUUUGAGCUGGUUAUAGAUGUAGACGCAAGUGAUAUGGAUGAAAUUCCCUCCGAGCGCAUUUGGCACGAGUUGUUCUCGCCCAGACUGCCAAGAUUACGGGAGCGUGGAGUUCUCCAGACUGCGGUCAUCAUUGACAGCCGUAGCAACAUGUUUCUUCCCGACGUCAUGUGA